AUGGCCCUAGCACCUUCUUCGAAGUUUCUCAUUGCAGCAACCGUGCUGCUACACCUCUGCGCUUCUCUAGCUGCAGCUCGAACGGCCCCUGAUGCAUCGAUGAUGGAGAGGCAUGAGAAAUGGAUGGUGGAGAACGGUCGUGUGUACAAAGAUGAGGCGGAGAAGGUGAAGAGAUUCAAUAUAUUCAAGGAGAACGUUGAGUAUAUCGAGUCCUUCAACGAAGCAGCUUCAAAGCCUUACAAGCUUGCUGUCAACAGAUUUGCUGAUCUCACCAAUGCUGAAUUUCACAACUCUAGAAAUGGAUACAGAGGGGGAUCUAAGGCUUCUGUUUCGUCUCCGUUUAGAUAUGUGAAUGUGAGUGCAGCUCCAGCCAGCAUUGAUUGGAGGAAGAAGGGAGCUGUUACUCCUGUUAAGGAUCAAGGCCAAUGUGGAUGUUGUUGGGCGUUUUCAGCAGUUGCAGCCACGGAAGGUAUCAACCAAAUCAAUACAGGGAAACUUGUUUCUUUAUCCGAACAACAACUUGUAGACUGCGACACGAGUGAAGAUCAAGGCUGCAACGGUGGACUUAUGGAUGAUGCAUUUCAGUAUAUCAUAAAAAACAAAGGCCUCACAACAGAAUCCAACUACCCUUACAAAGGUGUGGAUGGCACGUGCAACUCGAAGAAGGAAUCAUCUGACGCAGCCAAGAUCACUGGGUACGAGGACGUGCCAUCCAACAGUGAAUCAGCACUCCUCAAAGCAGUGGUUAACCAACCGGUAUCCGUGGCCAUUGAUGCUAGUGGUUCAGACUUCCAGUUCUACUCAAGUGGAGUCUUCACUGGAGAGUGUGGGACCGAGCUAGACCAUGGUGUGACUGCAGUUGGGUAUGGCGUGGCUAGUGAUGGCACCAAGUAUUGGAUUGUCAAGAACUCGUGGGGAACUAGCUGGGGUGAAGAUGGAUACAUCAGAAUGCAGAGGGAUGUUGGAGCUGCAGAAGGCCUCUGUGGCAUCGCCAUGGAAGCUUCUUAUCCAACAGCCUGAUAUUGGGAUGAAGUUUGU